AUGGCCAAACGCACCAAGAAGGUUGGAAUCGUUGGUAAAUAUGGGACCUGCUAUGGGGCCUCGCUCCAGAAGAUGGUGAAGAAGAUCGAGAUCAGCCAGCAUGCCAAGUACACUUGCUCCUUCUGUGGCAAAACCAAGAUUAAGAGGCGCGCUGUGGGCACCUGGCACUGUGGCUCCUGCAUUAAAACAGUGGCUGGUAGAGCCUGGACCUACAAUACCACUUCUGCUGUCACAGUAAAGUCAGCCGUCAGACUGAAGGAAUUGAAAGACCAGUAG